AUGGCCAAAGGACAGGAGUCUAAAGUAACUGGAUCCAAUAAGGGGAUUGGAUAUGCCGUCGUACGAGGCCUAUGUAAGCAAUUUGAAGGUGACGUCUUUCUAACAGCGAGGGAUGAAGAACGUGGUAAGGAGGCUGUACAGAGCCUUAAUAAUGAGGGGCUUUCUCCCAAGUUCCACCAGCUUGACAUCACUGACAAGUCUAGCAUUGAAAGGUUUACAGACUUUAUUAAGAACACUUAUGGCGGCUUGGAUGUUCUUGUCAAUAACGCUGGAAUUGCGUUCAAGAAGUCAUCAACUGUUCCUUUUGGCGAGCAAGCUGAGGCAACAAUCAAAACCGACUACUUUGGAACACUUGCAGUUUCAGAUGCACUUUUCCCUCUUUUAAGACCACAUGCAAGAGUAGUCAAUAUAUCUGGUGAUGCGUGCAGUUUUGCAAUUAGAAAAUGUAGUUCAGAAAAACAAGAUAAAUUCCUUAAUCCUGAUAUUACAAAGGAAGAGUUGACGGAGUUGAUGAAUGAUUUUAUUCGAAGUGCAAAAACUAGUGAGCAUGAAAAGAAUGGUUAUGUAAAGAGUGCAUACGGGAUGGCUAAAGUUGGUGUCACCGUGCUCUCACAAAUCCUACAACGCCAGCUUUCUGCAGAUGCGAGAAAAGGCGUAAUAAUUAAUGCCUGCUGCCCAGGUCAUGUAAAAACCGAUAUGUCCUCACAAACAGGUAACAAAACCAUUGACGAAGGGGCUGAUACACCUCUUUACUUAGCUCUUCUCCCGGAAGGCAUUGAAAGUCCAGCUGGUGACUUUGUAGUAGACAGGGAAAUUCACAAGUGGAACGAAUAUAUUGGCAAAUAUAAACCGUAAGAAUUUUUGGAAUUCCCUGCUUUAUUAUAAUUGUACGUUAAAUAUCAGUUAUACAUGAGACAUAUUCCUAGGGUAUUUUUGUUUGCUCUCUAAAAAUAAAGAAAAAAAAGAAAAUAUUUGUACAUAAAAGGAUUGUUACUCACUCCCAUUUCUGUUUUUACUUUUCGUAUUACAUUUUAUAAGUUUUGCAUCAUCUUGACAAAAUAAAUUGUAUAUAAUGAAGUAGUUUUGUAC